GACCACGAUUUCAGCAUGAGACCUGGCUUUGGAGGUCCUGCCAUUCCUGUUGGUGUAGAUGUGCAAGUCGAAAGUCUGGAUAGCAUCUCAGAGGUUGAUAUGGACUUCACCAUGACCUUGUACCUGAGGCACUAUUGGAAGGAUGAAAGGCUAUCUUUCCCUAGUACAAACAACCUCAGCAUGACAUUCGAUGGCCGAUUGGUAAAAAAAAUCUGGGUUCCUGAUAUGUUCUUUGUUCAUUCUAAGAGGUCCUUCAUCCAUGACACUACCACCGACAAUGUUAUGCUUCGGGUGCAGCCUGAUGGGAAGGUUCUAUACAGCCUCAGGGUCACUGUGACUGCAAUGUGCAAUAUGGAUUUCAGCCGCUUUCCCCUGGACACACAAACAUGUUCACUUGAAAUUGAAAGUUAUGCCUACACUGAGGAUGACCUUAUGCUCUACUGGAAAAAAGGGAAUGAUUCCUUAAAGACAGAUGAGAGGAUCUCCCUGUCCCAAUUCCUGAUACAAGAAUUCCAUACCACCACCAAGCUUGCCUUUUACAGCAGCACAGGGUGGUACAACCGCUUAUACAUUAACUUCACUUUACGUCGUCACAUCUUCUUUUUCUUGCUCCAAACCUAUUUCCCUGCUACUUUGAUGGUUAUGCUGUCCUGGGUGUCUUUCUGGAUUGAUCGUAGAGCUGUGCCUGCUAGAGUUCCUUUAGGUAUCACAACUGUUCUUACCAUGUCUACAAUCAUCACUGGUGUUAAUGCCUCCAUGCCUCGAGUCUCCUACAUUAAGGCUGUGGACAUCUACCUGUGGGUCAGCUUUGUGUUUGUGUUCCUCUCUGUGUUGGAGUAUGCAGCAGUGAACUACUUGACCACGGUACAGGAGAGAAAGGAGAGGGAGCUUCGAGACAAGCUUUCCUGUACUUGUGGGAUACCUCAGCCCAAGGCCAUGAUGUUGGAUAGCAGCUAUAGUGAUGGAGAGGUGAAUGAAAUAGAAAAUUAUGAACCAGACAAUGGAGAUAAACAAGACCGUAUGAUGGUGCAGCUGGCUCUGGGUUCUGAGAGGAAUGCCACGAGGAGCAAAAGCCAAAGAAGUUAUGUGAGCAUGCGGAUUGACACCCACGCCAUUGAUAAGUACUCCCGGAUAAUAUUCCCAGCUGCAUAUAUCUUAUUUAAUUUAAUAUACUGGUCUAUUUUCUCAUAAAUGUUAUUCUCAAAGUUUUCCUGUUCUACACAAAAAAUACUCCCAAAACAAUUACAUAAAAUAAUUAAUCUUAAAAAAAGAUGGGAAAAUAUUUCAUUCAAUGUUAUGAAUAGGAUAAAAAGAACUCAGAGUUCACGUCUACUUCACCAUCAUUUCCCAUGUGUGAUAUAAAUAUAUUAAGCAAUCAUUAAGUCAAAUAACAUUUAUAAAGCACUGACCAUAUAUACCCUGCACCACGUAUUAUAAUACUACAUAUACCCAAUGGCAUCUGAUGUUAGUAACAUAAUUAGUCUGAAAAAAACAUGGUACUGUGAUGUGGGUUUAUAUUUUAAUA